AUGAUGUUACCACACCGUGACAAGUGGGACAUCCACCAUGCUCAGAUUGAUGAGCUGGUGUACAUUGGUCGGGAUGUGUUUGUCAUGGUUGCAUCGACACUCGCACUCUACAACGCUAUUGAGCUACUGACACUCAUCUACUUGACCUUCAAACGAAAAGCCGGGCUUUAUUUCUGGAGUAUACUGAUCGCAUCUUUCGGCUUAAUACCAUACUGUCUGGGCUGGCUGAUAGUUUACUUUGACCUAACGCACGAUUAUGUGGGCAUGAUUAUUGAGACUGUCGGCUGGGUUCUUGUGAUUUCUGGUCAAUCUGUCGUCUUAUACUCCCGGCUGCACCUUAUUCUAAGCGACAGAAUGAUAUUACGAUCUGUUCUUGCUAUGAUUAUCGUCAACGGCCUUGUUUGGCACACGACUAUGACUAUAUUGCUUUUUGGAUCGGAGUACAGCCCCAAGGACAACAGAAACGGCUUCAACAACGUUUUCAACAUAACAGAGAAAAUCUCGAUGUCCUGCUUCUACAUGCAAGAACUUACGAUAUCUGGCAUAUACAUUUGGAAGUCUCUCGGCAUUCUCAAAACAGCUUUCGGCAGCACGAAAACGAUGUUAUACAAACUAUUCGCCAUCAACAUUGCUAUCGUGAUUAUGGAUAUCGCUAUGGUCGUCAUUGAGCUCAUGGAUUUCUACGUGUGGGAGCAAGGCAUCAAGCUGGUCACAUACUCGAUCAAACUCAAGCUCGAGUUUGCUGUCCUGAGCGAGCUUAUCGAAUUCGUCCGAAGCCGGAGUGGAACACAAUCUCGUCCUACAAAACCGUCUCAGAACCAAAGUACACUUGUGCCACUAUCAGCGGUUCGCAGAGGCAGCACAAAGCCAACAGGAUUCACGAGAGACCGCAUUUAUAGUGGUGACACGCAGACGAACGUCACAAUUGCUGCCACGCAUCCAACACAAGAGACGAUGACUGGUGACAGGAUACACGUCGCCAGACAGGUGGAUGUGCAGAGUUUAAAUGCAUAUCCGAAUGCUGAGAGAAGCACCGAGGAGUUGUUUGAGUAUAUGCCAGAUGAGCUUCCGCCGGAACUGAUGCCCAGAGCACUAUAG